AUGGCUGAGGGUCAGAGUUGCGUCGUCCUCGACGAGCUCCUGAGUUGUUUGAUCUCUGAACAGGCGACCUCGACAUCAGGAACUGAGCUAUGCGCCGUCUGCCAGCAUGUCGGCUUGGUCAACUCGAUCCAGGAGAAAAGACCGGACGAUGACAGUAAGCCGACUGUGCUCUCUCACUGGCACCUCGGCUCGCUGCAGAGACUCCGUCAGAGGUCGGCCAGCUGCCCAGGCUGUCGGAUCAUCCUAUCCGCGUCCGAAAUUGUGCCUCUUCCCGAUGUCCCAGAUCCCGAGACCACAUUUGUCCUGAUUCAACACCGACUCUUUGGGCUGGAAUACCGUGGCCAUGACAGCGAGGCGGAUGCGCUCAUCGCACAAAUGCGAUGUAGGCGGAGCUGGGCGCACUGCUGCACUGACCACAGAAUGGUUUGGACAAACUGGUUGGGCAUUCUCGAAGUUGUCCUCCAGCCGGCCGACGCUCCCGGUGCGACCGCUGGCGUCAUUGCGCUGUCGGAGCGACAAAUGGUCGAGGACCCGAUCCCGUACGAUAAGGAAAACCUGGAUGACGAUGAUAGCUACAGAACGCAAGGUAGUGGGCGGAGGACGGCGGAGAAGGUGAACAUCGAUCGGGUCAAGGAGUGGCUGGCAAUAUGUACCACAGCGCACGCAGACUGUCGAAUACAUUCGUCUGGCUCGUCCCAGCACACAAUUCGUGCCAUCGACGUACAAGAGAAGCGUGUGGUGACUGCCAGCACAUCUCACCAAUACGUCGCUCUGUCUUAUGUCUGGGGUGAAGAGACAGCGCCCUUGCUCACCCGAGCCACACUCACCCAGUAUUCCGAGCUCAAUGGACUCGAUCAGGCCAGCAUCCCUCAAACCAUUGAAGAUGCGAUGCAAUUUGUCAAGGACAUCGGUCUCAGAUACCUCUGGGUUGAUUCACUCUGCAUCGUGCAAGAUGAUGCCCAGGAUAAGAACAGCCAGCUGCCACUCAUGAGUAGCAUCUACGGCUCGGUGAAUCUCGUGGUAGUCGCCGCCGCCGGCACAGACGCAGAGAGUGGACUUCCUGGCAUUGGUGAGACAUCUCGAGAACAAUGGCAACAAGCCGGGGUCGUAGACGGCAAAGAAUUCAUUACAGUGCACCCGAGCAUGAACCGGAUCCUCAGCAAGUCCUCCUGGAACACCCGGGGCUGGACCUUCCAGGAGGCCAUGCUCUCCAGGCGCUGCAUCGUCUUCACACCACGGCUCGUCUACUGGUCCUGCCACAGCGCCUCGUGGCGCGAGGACCUCGUCUUCGAGAUACCCACGGUGUCCUUGCAGCCCAACUUUACAAACUCGCUCUGGGGCAUCCACGGCAACUGUGACGGCAGGGUGGGCAGCCUGCCCCUGCACGGCACGUCAUUCUGCCGCUCGUCCAGGUACCUCGACAUGGUGCAGCGGUUCUGCGCGCGGCGGUUCAAGGAGGAGAGCGACACGCUGUGGGCGUUCAUGGGCGUCAUGGGCCUGCAGGUGUCCAUGUACCCGCGGGGCUUCGUCUGGGGCCACCCGUACGAGGCGCUCGACGUGUCGCUGCUCUGGCACCCCAAGGUGUACGACUGCGGGCACGCGCACUUCCGCAGGGCCAAGCACCGGGUGAUGCUGGACGGCGAGGUCCGCGACCUCGACUUCCCCACCUGGUCUUGGCUGUCGCCGAGGGAUGCCGUCACGUUCCCCACGAUAUGUGGAGAGGUGAUUGUGUCGCAGGUCACCUGGCAUGACACCAUCAAGGUUGGAGCGGAUGAGAGAUUCGGCUGGGAUGACAUGGGGGAAAGCUCCAGACACUUGAACGCGAUACCAGGCCUUGAUAGUCAACUUGAUACCACCUUUACUUCGGGGGAGGGUAUGGGGUCAUUUGUCAUGGACUAUGGGUUGUUGCACUUCACUGCGAAAACUGCGGAACUCGUGCUCCGAGUUGAUGAUGCACAGAUCAAGGUGGAUGAGGAGGGCAAGGCCUUGGACCCGCCUGAGGACAAAGGAAAUGACAACACGCAUGGCGACGAGGAGGGUGAGCCCAAGAUGCUUGAAGUCACGAUACACAACGCAAAUGGGCCAGAAAUGGGCCGCAUCAAAGUGCUCGAGUCACUGGUUGGGCAGCAUAGCGAGACCACCGUCGAAUUUGUCUUGCUGUCCUCCAACGCCCACAAGGAGACCUCCUCUUCUUGCGGGGUGAUCAAAGAAGGCCCAGAGUCUGGUGACAUCCAGCACGUCAAGGACUGCGAGCAUGUCUACAGCCACAACAUUAUGCUAAUAGUCAAGUCUGGAAAUGCGUACACCAGGCAAGGUUUAGCUACCGUUGUUGCUGGCAAAUGGGUCGGAGUGGAAACGGCAGAGAAAGACAUCAUCCUUGCGUGA